AAUAAAUACGGAACCCUAAAAAUCAAAGAAAAUCAUAGAAAAAUCAUUACAUUAAAUUUACAUACCUAUUAAAAAUGUUCAAAGGUGUUACAUGUUAUAUAGCAAUAAGGUUUUUCAAGAUAUAAAGAAACGAGAUUUAGAAUUCAAACUUAAAGAAAUGGUUACUGCUCAGCUAUUUUAAUCUAAUAAAUACACUAUUAUUAUUGAAUAAGACUCCUUAGAAAACAUUAAUAAACCAGUGAGGCCACCUAUUUGGAAGAUACGACGGAGCACCACACAAUGGCAGCCAAUGCACCUCCUAUGACUGCAACCGACAGUUUAUCACAAGCAGUGAAAGCAAAUAUAAUACACAAUCAGGAAUAUUUAUUGCAGGGUUCAGUUUUGGAUUCAGCCGUUGAAGUCCUGCUGCACCGGCUCCGUGGGCUCUGUGACAAUGUUGACGCAGGGCCAGAGACCUUCGAUGAUCAGGAAGUUUGCUUUAUAUUACGGGAUCCUAAUCAACAGGCACUACCCUCAAUGUUGCGAGUUCGAAAAGCGUUAGAUGCAAGAGACAUGCCUUACCAGUUGAGGUACAUUGGCCAAGCGGACGGUGAGAAGAACAGACCAACUGUGUUGCGGAGUGUCCUGGACAUUGCAUGCAGUGGCAUGCUGUUUGAAUUCCUCAAUGAACUGGGCUGUAGAAUCGAGUAUGAAUAUAGUGUCAAAGGUUACAUGUUCCGGAAAGGUCGGAUGAAGAUCACAGUAGCGAAAGUGUUCAAGAUACCACAGAGCUCCAUGGCCCCUGAGCCCAUAUCACAAAGCUACCUAGUGGAAUUAUCUGUGCUGGCGCCCACAGGCCAAGAUGCAAUAGGAGAGGACAUGCGCGCCUUCGCCGACCAGCUCCGGCCGCUCGUGCAGCUCGACAAGAUCGACUACAAGCGGCUCAGCCACAUGGCCGGCCAAUAGCCCAUGUUUCUAGGCUGAGAUCCAUAGAACGCACUUUGAUUUUGCUCACACUUAAGACACUGUUGAAAUGAGACAACGUUAUAUCGGUGGCAUAAAUCUGUCUUGUUUUUACUGAAACUUAAGUCUGAGUGUGUUCUGUAGAUCUCAUCUUAGUCUGCCUUUACAUCCAGCCAUCAUGAUCUGCACAGCAAUAGUUCGUAGGUCUAGAUUAAAACUGAUUUAACUCAAAAAAAAAAAAAAACAUUUUUUUAGGAACUAAGACAAACUGUUUUUUUUAAUCUACAUAAUAUAUUAAUUACUAAACUUAUUAAAAACAGGUCAAAUGGACAGUAUGUGUAAUUUUAUUCCUAUUAUUUAAUUGUAGUAAAUAAUUAAUUAUCAAUGUACUUACCUAAAGUUAAUAGUGAAAAAAUUAAGUCAUAGCUCAUAACCUUUUACCAUAACUUAUUGUUGUUGUAACUUGUAAUUAAUUUAUAUAAAAAAAAGACCCCGGAUGGGUUAUCAACUAAUUACGUGAAUAUAGCCGUAACAAUCUAUACUUAUUUAUAAUUUGUGAUAGAUCCAAGAUUGUCAUACUUUCAUCAGCACAUGUAUUAAAGUUAAAUUGAAACCAACUUUAAAUAAAACAAAACAUAACUA